AUGAAUUUAUUGCUUUUUAACAAAUUUUAAAAUACGCCAAUAAUUUGUUAAUAAUUUCUGCGAUAAAGAUACCGCACGGCAAUGUAAAAUCAUACACGGGUAUCGCACACCUGCCUCAUUUUCACCUGACUUCCGAUAUUGACUCAUAAGCGCCUGUGUGUGAAAGAGAGAUGGUAUCCCACUCCGCAGCAGCGGAGCUAUUCGCACACUUGCGCUCACAAAUUUAACAUAGCGUACGCGUUCCAGUAUCUGUAGUCUAGUUCAAUGCACAAAGGGUAAUCAAUGAUUAAAUUGCAAUAUUGCAAUAUGAUUGCAAUCUAUGAUGAUGAUACCUUAUCUAUGGAUGGUAUCAAAUCUAACUAUGGUGACAACUGAUAUAAUCCCUAAUUUCAUAUUUUGUUAAUAAUAAUGUGAUAAUAAUGUUACGGUUUUCAAAAAUUAAGAAAUUAUUUAAAAUGUGUAACAGGGCGUUUGAUACUGUCGGUAGUUGCAAUUGUGAAUACAGUGUUCCUUCUGACAAUAAGUCAACUGACAAAAAAAGUUACAGAACUGUAAAAACAGCCGAAAAAAUAGAUAAGUACCUUAAAAGCGUGCCUUUUGCAGGAAAACUAGUCAGUGAAAUUCCAGAGAAGCAUUUGCAUCUUAAACAAAGCGAUUGCAUUUCAGCAUUUUAUUUAAUUGAUGAUGGUGUUGCCAGUAAAAUUGUUUGGCAAAUUGUAAAAACAUUAGGUAAUAUAGAAAAUAAAUUAAUAUGUGAAACCAAUGCAGGAUUUGGCUUUAUUACAAAAAGGUUAUUAUGGAAAGGAGCGAAAGUUCGGAUAUACGAGACAUGCCCUGAGUUCCGAAAAAAAUUAAGGAUAAUUUGUCAAAAUUAUGUAAACAGAACCGAGUUAUUUACUAAAGAUCUGUAUCAUUUACCUACAAUGUCUUAUAUUGAUAAAAUUGAUCGUGGUUCAAGAGUUCAGCAGUUAUUAAAUGGUAUACCAACAAGACCGUGGAGUUCCGAUCCAGCAAUUAUUAUAAUUGGUGCAAUGCCAAAAAAUAAUUUUAUUUCAUAUUUAAUGCGAAUGGUUGUUCAUCAGGGUGAGAUAAUUAAUUUUGGAAGAGUAGAGAUAUUUGCAAUUAUGAAAUCUAGAAAUUACCAAAAGUUAAAUGCAGGGCCUGAAGUAAGUUGUAAAUCUUAUACAGCUUUUACAGUUCUUUUUCAACUAUUUUUUGAUUAUGAAUUUAUUGAUAAUUAUGAUAGGAAGGCAUUUAUUCCAUAUGAGACUAAUCGUAAGAAGAAAGAAAAAGAGUCAAAGGUGGUCAGUGAAGGUGAAAUGUGUCUUGUUCAUAUGACUUUGAAAAAAGAGUUACCUACAGAGAAAGAUCAACUAUUAGCACUUUACUAUUUUGUUAUGCAAGGCUAUGGAAGAGGAAGGAAACGAAUUAUUCCUACUUUAGAAUUCCAUCUUCUAACUUCUAAGAUAUUAAAGAAGGCUAAUAUAAAAUUAUCUAUAUUCACGGAAUUUAGAGAAUUAAGACCUAAAGAAAUUUUAAUGUUGUUCACGGAAAUGACUCAGAAUCCUAGUUAUCACAACAGCCCGUUUAUAGCGUUAAUUGAAUCGGAGUUAUUGAAACGGGAAACAGUUGAAACAGAUUCUUUACAAGAACAAAACGAAAGCGAAAAGCCUACAAUAAAAGAUACUGAAUUGUAAUUAUAUUAUAUCAACUCAGUUUAUAAAUAAAGAAAAGUAAUUUUUUA